UCGACUCUCUCUCCUCACAGUAACAGUCGACCUCUCCCUCUCUCUGGAUUUUGUUUUGAUUUCGUGUUCGUGAUUAUAAUUAAAAUGGCAGACACGGCUCUUAUCUCGGAGAAACCUUCAAAUGCUUCCCCUCUCGAUCCUCCUUAUCGCUUCAUCUGCCACGUGUAUGUCCUUGAUUUCUUCUUCAAUUACCGCCAUUAAGUUGUUGUUCGUAAUCUAACUUAAUUUUCAAAUUGAGUCGGUGCCAGAAGUAAUUUUCACACUAAACCUGUCCCCGAUGCAAUUCUCGCCACUGCUCUCUUCCCUGCUAUAAGUUUUGUUACGGUGUGAGCAGUCGCAUGGUGAGAUAUGUACAGAGUCGUUUAUGAGAGAAAACGUGAUGGAAGAGGAUGGAAGCGGAAGAGGAAACGAAGCGGAAAAUGCUUGAUAUUUUGAAAAGGUUUCAUUCCGAGGAGCAAGAAGGAAUGGAUGAUAGCAUGGACGACGAUGAUCUUGAGGAUGGUGGUCCAAUCAAUUUUGAUGAUUUAUCGGCAGAAGAGAAGAAACAUUUCCAAAGAGCUGUGGCAUCUGGAGAACUCAGCAAGCUGGUCGAGCCAUGGGAUCCAUGGUGGUUGAAGUCUUCUGCUAGAACUAUCUCUCUUAGCAAGGAAGGAACCAGACUUGUUCAGCCACUUACCAAAGAGGAAGCAUCAUCAUCACAUGAUGGUGCAGGGCACCAACCUAGUGAGAUUCCUCCUGUCCCUGAUACCUCGUUACCUCCUGUCAGGAAACUUGUUUCUAGAGAGCCAUCACCCUUCUUAUCCUAUCACUUGGCUGACAUUAUAUAUAGGUACUGCUUCACACAACGCCUCUACAACGGAGACUGGCAAUCAGAUGCCAUAGGGUCAGAAACAGUGGUGCUGAGUGUCUCCUCUGUCUUAGGUCAAGCUGGGCAGCCAGAAACCAUGCUGGAAGCUCUUUCAUAUUGUUUGGAGAGAACUUGCUUUCCUGAAUAUAGACACAUGGGUGGACUGCAAUUUGGACUGGGUCUCGUCAAUAAUGUAAUACACGUGAUGUCACUUGGUGGCCAUGCUUUAAUCUGCUUGCUCAGUGAUCUACAGAAGAUGGUUCAGGCUGGGGAAAAGGAGCUGAAAGCUGAGAAAACGAGAAAGUCAGAGUCAGAAAUCCGGAGUAAGCUGAAACUUGCCGAGAGGAAGGUCUAUUUCAUAAUGUGUUGGGUGCAUGAGCAUCCAGGGGAAGCCCGGUCCUCGUUAGCUGCCAUCGUGAGGGCAGAAAAAAGCUCAGGCAUGGAUUAUAGAGGAGGUAAAAAUCUUCCAGCAGCAAAAAAAUAAAACAGAAUCAGGGGGAAAGGUUUUGAUCGAGGAAUGGUAAUGAGAACAUGAUUGUUGUAUGAUCCUGACGUGUGAAAACCACCAUUGUAUAUUUAAAAUUAAAGGUGUUUUAUUUUUGUUUUU